AUGACACCUCGUCGCUCCUCUCGGGCUCGCACCACACAGCCCUCUCCAGCCCUCCAAAACACAAACUCCUCCAACUCCUCAGUCUCCACCACUCGCGAGAGGAGCACUCGAUCAAACCAUAAAAAUAACUCCCCCCAGGGCUCAUCGGCCCAUCGAUCCCAAUCCAUCGACGAUGGCGAAAAUGGCUCGAGGACCGACCUCCCACAAACGCGCCAGCGUCAGCGCGCCCACGAUGAUGAUGACGACCCUCCCCGCGAGGAGGAUGAAGACGAUUUAGAUGAUGAGGAAGAGGAGGAAAUUACAAGAUGUUUGUGUGGACAACAAGAAUAUCCAGGCCUGCCCCCCUCUCGUCGCGAAGCUCUCGGUCGCAGUAUCGUUAAGCCAGAGUCGGACCAUCCACCCACUGAUUCGUCCGAUAUACUGCCGGAUGAUAUUGGGAGUAUGUUCAUUCAGUGCGACACCUGCAAAGUUUGGCAGCACGGUGGUUGUGUGGGGAUCAUGGACGAGGAAAUGAGCCCCGAUGAAUAUUUCUGCGAGGAGUGCCGAAAGGACUUUCACAGAAUUCGGGGUGAAGCCAAUGGCACCCGCUCCUCCACCUAUCUUCCCGUCGUACCGGCGUCGUCGCCUGCACCGUCCUCUCGACCGGUCUCUCGGGCAUCUUCUCGAGAGACCACUACCCGACGCUCCAGAGAUCCCAAGUCGCGGAAUAGCGAUGGUGACAUGAAUCCGAAGCGACGGUCCACAAUGAACAGCCGCGAUGCUGCCUAUGAUGAAGAAGAACUGAUUCGGCGAGCCAUUGAAGAAAGCAAGGAAGACACAAAAAGUCUCCCUGAUGACACAUCUAUUAGACGGGGCAAACGAAGUCGAAGUGGCAGUGAAGUAAACAGACAUGGUGCAAAGCGCCAACGAACCACUUCGCCGUCUCCAACCGCCGUUUCGAGUCACUUGGCAUCUCAGCCUCCAUCCGAUGACGAGUCCAAAGCCCCAGCCCCAGCCCCAGCCCAGAAUGGCACCCGGAGACAGAGAGCUGCUUCUCGCGGUCAGCGUGAAAAAGAGCCAACUAAGGAAACCGAAGAGGCUGAACCGGAACUCUUCGAGACUCUGGCCCGGCGAAAAGAGAGAACAAAUCGCCGCAAGGGUGAAGAAUCCGAGCAUGAGCCCGCAUCUCCAAUCAAGGCCUCUCCAACAAAGGCCUCCCCAACAAAAGCAGCUCCGCCACCACCAGCACCAGCGCCCGAUCCUGAGCCGGUCCAAGCAAGCCCUAACACACCUACUCCUCAAGAGCCGACACCUGCUCGACCAUCCACCCGGAAAUCAGGGCGCCCACCAGCUCGCCGAGGUCGAGUUGGACGUAAUCAAUAUACCAAGGACCGUGACACGAAUGGAGAAUCACCCAGAAUUGGAGGAUAUGGAGCAAACGGCGUGCAUAUCAAUGGAGGAGACACAGGGCGACCCAGUAAACCACGCCAUAUGCAUCCACAACGCACAACCAUGAACGAGAUGAAAAGACGUGUAGCGGCCAUUCUUGAGUUCAUUUCACGAAUGCAGGUGGAGAUGGCCGUCGCUGGCGAAAACUCUUCCACGCCCAUUGGGAAUGGUGAUCAGGCUCAGGGCCUCCUUCUGAAGAGCAUGGUCGAUCAGAUCGACAACAUCAUGCCCUCGACGAUCAGUGAUGGCGGCGAAUCCGCGCCCACGGACGGCGGGGACAUGGAAAAGACCUUCAAGGACCUGAGCAGCGUGGAGAUGAUGGAUGUUCUCACGCGUCACCUUCUCAAAUGGCAACAAGAGUAUGGCAAGUUCGGCGAGCGGUAA